AAAAAACCUAAAAUACGAAUGAAUGGACUAUCAAAGAAUGAACGAAUGAAUGAUUAAAACAAUGACGGAGCUGUCACGAGAAAUUGGAGAAGUUUGGAAGAGAUUAUUUGACCAUCGGCCGUUCUUGAAUGGAGAAAUAAAGUUUAUGUUAAAGGAGUUUGAGGAGAAGCGUGGCGACCGUGAAGUGGAGAAUCUGUUUGCCAUACUGGAGAAGCUGACUGAUAUUAAAGAUACGCAGGUAGACAAGAUUAAGAGAAGUGGAGAAGCAUUACCUAUACUGAGUGAGAAGCUUGACCAGGUGUUGCAGCAGUGUGAGGAAGUAGAGAAGACUUAUAUUGAGUUCCAGAAGCAAACUGAACUAAAAAGGAUUGAAAAUCGUGUGAAGAGGGAAAAAGAAUGGGAUCAGUUUAUUGAUGAUAUGAACUUUAAGUGUAAGAGAAUUGAUAACGCUUUUGAAGAAAAAGAGGAAGAACUGAGAGAUUUGUAUGCUGAUUUGAAUCACAAGCUAAACAUUGCCAAUAACUAA